AUGUUCGCCAAAGUCGCUAAGCGUGCAUUUUCGUCUUCCACAGCAAACCCCUACAAAGUCACGGUGCUGGGCGCCGGAGGUGGCAUUGGCCAACCGCUGUCGCUACUGUUGAAACUGAACCACAAGGUCACCGACCUCAGACUUUACGACCUGAAAGGCGCCGCUGGUGUCGCCGCCGACUUGUCACACAUCCCUACAAACUCCGUCGUGAAAGGGUUUUCGGCGGACGCCCAGGACGGUAUCAAGAGCGCGCUAAAAGACACCGACGUGGUUUUGAUCCCUGCAGGUGUUCCAAGAAAGCCUGGUAUGACCAGAGACGACCUGUUUUCCAUCAACGCCUCCAUCGUGCGCGACCUCGCCGCGGCCUGUGCGGAGAACGCGCCCAACGCCGCGAUCCUGGUGAUCUCUAACCCAGUGAACUCCACUGUGCCUAUCGUCGCCGAGGUGCUGAAAUCGAAGGGCGUGUACAACCCUAAGAAGCUGUUCGGUGUCACCACCCUUGAUGUCAUCAGAGCCUCGCGUUUCAUUUCCGAGGUCUCCGGCACUAACCCUACCACUGAGAAGGUCAACGUCAUUGGUGGCCACUCUGGUAUUACAAUCAUCCCCCUAAUCUCCCAAACCAAGCACAAACUCAUGGACAAGGAGAAGAGAGACGCUCUCAUCCACAGAAUUCAAUUCGGCGGUGACGAAGUUGUCAAGGCCAAGAACGGCGCUGGUUCCGCCACUCUGUCCAUGGCCCAAGCAGGUGCAAGAUUUGCCAACUCUGUUCUUGCUGGUUUGGAAGGCGAGGCCGAUGUUAUCGAGCCUUCCUUCGUCGACUCUCCUCUGUUCAAGAGCGAGGGAAUUGAGUUCUUUGCUUCUCCUGUGAAGCUCGGUCCUCAGGGUGUCGAGAAGAUCUUCUCUAUUGGUGAGAUCUCCUCUGAAGAGCAGGAAUUGCUUGACAAGUGCAAGGAAACCUUGAAGAAGAACAUAGAGAAGGGCACUGCGUUCGUCAAGUCCUAA